AUGCCCGACAAAGACGCCGGUACACCUCGUGUGUUAAUCUACCGACAUGGACAAACCAUUUGGUCCAAGAGUGGCCAAUACACCGGUAAGACGGAGCUUGAUCUGACCGAAGACGGCCAGAAGCAAGUCCGCGCUUCAGGAAAGCAGAUCGUUGGCACGGGCAAAUUGAUCGACCCGGCUCAUCUUGCCCAUGUCUACAUCAGUCCGCGCAAGCGCGCUAUGCAGACCUUCCAGAUUGCUUUCUCGGAAGAAGAUCAGCAGAAGCUCAAGGAUGCUCAGAAGAUUAGCGAAACUGAGCGACUUGCCGAGUGGGACUAUGGUCAAUACGAGGGUCUCUUGACCAAGGAGAUUCGCGCCCUGCGAAAGGAGCAUGGUCUGGACACCGAGCAACCGUGGGAUAUUUGGCGUGACGGUUGUGAAGGUGGAGAAUCUGCUCAAGAAGUCUCGGACCGUAUCGACAAUCUCAUUGCAGAGAUCCGCGAUAUUCACCGUGGUAACAUGCACGGCGAGAAGCACUGCGAUGUAGUACUUGUGGCCCAUGGCCAUCUACUGCGCGCUUUUACCAAGCGCUGGCUUGGGUAUCCGCUCGAGUUCCCUCUCUCUCUGAUGCUGGACCCCGGUGCGGUUGGUGUUUUGAGUUAUCAACAUCACAACAUCGAGGAGCCUGCUUUGAUGGUUGGUUAUGGAUUCCCCAUCGAGGAGUAG